AUGUCUCAAGAAUUAUCAGAAUUGUGCCAGCUUUUGUUUCCCGAUUCAACUCUUGAAUCUCCAGAAUAUUUCAGUGAUAUUACAGAUUAUAUCAAAAAAUUAGGAUCACAAAAUUGGGAAAUUAUUCGUGGAGAACCAGAAAGGUUGUCUGAUGAAAUGAAACAUUUAACGGAGCAGACUCAGGAGCUAGCAUUUACUAAUUGUAAAACAUUUGUUGAAACUGCAGAGAUUUCUCGUGCUAUAAUGAAAGAUUUAGGGAAAUCUAAAGAUUCCUUAGCUAGCUUUCUUAAUACCAUGCCUGAAUUUGUCCAAGAAUGUGAUAAAUUCUCUCUUAAUGUUGGAAACAUAGUUGAAGACAAAAAACGUUAUAGUAAUAUCAGACAUCAAAGUGAUAAAUUGUUAGAGCUUUUAGAAUUACCUUCUUUAAUGCGUGAGGCCCUGAAUGCAGAAGAUUAUGAAAGUGCAUUAGAUAUUUUUACAUUUGUUCGCAAUUUAUCAAAGAGGUAUUCAGAAAUUCCAAUCGUUCAGAAUACUUCAUCUGAAAUCAUGACUCUUUGGUUUGAAACCUUGUAUCACCUGUACAAUCAAUUGCAUUAUGACUUGCCAUUGCCACAGUGUUUACAAAUUUUAGGCUAUUUAAGAAGAGCAAACACUGUAUUUAAGUCAACAGAAGAGGACCAGAGUAAACUAUUAUUGGCAGGAAAUAAAAUAACAAAUGGUACCAUUAUAACAGAUGGUUUACAUUUACACUUUUUGAAAGCAAGAAAUGCCUGGUUUGAAAAAGCAUUAGAAGAUGCUAAGACAAAUGAAUCAUCAGAGAAGUUGUUAAGAAAAAUUGUUGAGUUGCAUAGAAUUCAUUUAUUUAAUGUUUUAACACAACAUAAAUCAAUAUUUUUGUCAGAUGCACAAGAAUCUAAAGUAAGAGAUGAUGAACUUAGUGGUACUAGUGCACUGUCAUGUUGGCUGAAACAAAAGGUUGAAAUAUUAACACAAAUGCUUAAUCAAGACUUGAAAAAGGAAGAUGAAUCAACUUUCGAGUCCCUUUUGAAUCAGUGCAUGUACCUCUGUCUUUCAUUUGGUAGAGUGGGCGCUGAUUUAAGAUGUGUGCUGACACCUUUAUUUCGCAGUAAUGUUCUGAUGCAAUUUCAUUCAAACUUAGAAAAAGUAGAUAAUCAAUUUGAAACUCAAAUGAGCACUUACAAAGUGCCCACUAUAAAGAAUUUACCAAGGCCAGUAAAUGAAAAUACAAUUUCCGGACCUCCUGAAAAUUUGUUAGAUUACUAUCCAUUGGCUGAGUAUUGCAAUGGACUGUUGACAACAUUAAAUUCUUUGCGAGUAACAGCUCCAUUAAAUAUAGUUAAGGAUGUAUACAACAGUUACAGAAAAUCUUUAGAUAAAGCCGUUCAAAUCAUAAUAACAUUUUAUCAUAGAGAGCAACAAGCAUUUACUGAAGUUGAAAGACAGAAUUUCAUAUCUUUUUGUAUAUGUUUCACUGAAGAUUUAGUCCCGUACAUCACAAAAUGCCUCUCGCAAUCAUUCCCACCAACUCAAAUUUGUGAACUUUUAGGUGUUACGUUGACAGUUCUGCAAGAGAGCAAGUUACUGCAUAUUGAUCAAAUGGACAUUUGUAAACCACUAAACAGUAUUACUGGCUUAUUUAUGAAUUAA